AUACACCGCACUUUUACUGAUGCUGCCCCGCGGCGCCAUGCUUGGCCGGUUGCCUUUGGUGGCGCAGCGACUAGGCGCACGGGGCGUGGCAGCGGAGGGCGUGCCUGGAUUACAGUGCAGCGCCAAGACGAAUGUGGGGAAGUUGGCGGGCGCCCUGAGCGCGCGGCUGCGAGAAGGCGCCAAGACCACCCUUGACAGCGUCGGCCCGGCAGCGACGUACACGGCCAUCAAGUCCAUCAUGGUGGCGGAGGACUAUUGCAGCCAGGAAGCUCAGGGCAAAGUCCUUGCAGUGCGGCCGGAGAUGGUGAAGCUGGAUCCCCGCACAGCGCCCAGCGGCCGCGAGACCCAGACAGUGGCGUUCCGCCUGCAUGUGGCGCUGGCCGAUCCCUUGCCGGAGCUGGAUCAGGAGCUGACCUAUAUGAGCGCGGAUACGAACCCGGGCCUGGCCGCGCGUUUGUUGGUGCGGGUCGUGGAGGACAAGGGCGUGGUACCCCUGGCGUGUAUGGGGGACAAGUCCUGCGGCAUUGCACUGAGGGCCAUCAUGAUCACUGAGGAGUUCCUCGGCAGAAACAACAAGCUGGGGACAAAGGCUUUGGCCUUCCAUGCCAAGAAGGACACCUUCCAGCAGGGCUCAGAGGAGCGCGUCCGAAUCCUCUUCCAGUGCGGGCUGGUCCCUGGCAGCCUUUACAAGUGAGGCGCCAUUACAGCGGCGUGGACUUCGAUUCUACAGUGAGCGAGUUACGCUCAUGGCUCGCAUGUCAAGUUCAUGCAUCCGGACACUUUCACAAAAGCAAGCCGGCAGAUCGGAAGCAACCACGACACCCUUGUCC